UGGAUGUACAUUGAUGUGUGAUGGAUGGACGGAUAGAAAAGGGAGAACCUUGAUUAAUUUCUUGGCUAAUAGUCCAAAGGGAAGUGUAUUUAUUAAAUCAGUUGAUGCAAGUGAUGAAUCAAAGACAGCGGCAUUGUUGGCUAGUUUGAUUGAGAAAGAAUUGAUGGAAAUUGGUCCUGAAAAAGUAGUUCAAGUUGUUACAGAUAAUGCAUCAAAUAAUGUUGCAGCAGGGAGAAUAUUGGAAGCAAAUUUUUCUCAUCUAUACUGGACUCCAUGUGCAGCUCAUUGUAUAGAUUUGAUGUUGGAGGAUAUCUUUAAGAUCCAUGUUUUCAAAGAAACAUUCCGCAAAGCUGUUGAGCUUACUGGUUUCACAUAUGGCUCUUCAGGAGUUCUAAAUAUGUUGCGGAAGUUUACUAAUGGAGUAGAAUUGCUAAGGCCAGGACAAACUAGAUUUGCUACUGCUUUUAUUACACUGGGAAGGAUUCAUCUUCAGAAAGCCAACAUUAGAAAAAUGUUUACUUCGGAAAGUUGGACAACUAGUAAAUGGGCUAAAGAGGUGAAAGGCAAAAAGUGUGAAAGGACGGUUUUGAGUCCUGCCUUCUGGAAUCAUGUUGUUUAUGCUCUUAAGGUUUCCGGUCCUCUUGUUCGUGUGCUUCGACUUGUUGAUAAUGAAAAAAAACCAGCUAUGGGAUAUAUUUAUGAAGCCAUGGAUAAGGCUAAAGAAGCCAUUGCCAACUCACUCAAUGGCAAUGAAGAGAAAUACAAGAGCAUUUUUGAGAUUAUUGAUGCGAGAUGGUCACUUCAAUUGCAUCGUCCUUUGCAUGCUGCUGGAUACUUUUUGAAUCCUGAAUUUUUUUAUCCAAAUAAGAUGAGAAUUGAAUCUGAUGAAGAGGUCAAUACAGGAUUGCUUUCAUGCAUUCAUAAAAUGGAAAAAAAUUCAGCAAAAGUUGAUAUGAUUCUUGAUGAAAUUGAGAAAUACAAGGCAGUCAUAGGGACCUUUGGUUUUCCUUCAGCUAUUAGAGGAAGAACAACCAAAUCUCCAGCUGCUUGGUGGAAAACAUAUGGUUCUUCAACUCCAAACCUACAAAAAUUUGCUGUAAAGGUUCUGAGUCUCACAUGUAGUGCAAGUGGUUGCGAAAGAAAUUGGAGUGUAUUUGAGCAUGUAAGUAAUAUAUAUAUAUAUAUAUAUAUAUAGAUUUCUUAAUUUGUUAUUUUAUCUUGAGCCUUUUGAGUUUGAAGUUUAACUUAUUUGUUACUGUAAAAUAAAUGACGGCUUCAUAGUAAGAAAAGAAAUCGGCUAUUUCAAGAACGCUUGGACAAUUUGGUAUAUGUGAAGUACAAUAGAGCAUUGCUACGCCGACAAACUUUUGGGGAUAUCACAACACCUAUUGAUUUGGCAAAUAUUGAUGAGAGUAAUGAAUGGUUGCUUGGUGAAUUAGAAAAAGGUGAUGGGGAUGAUGAUGAUGAUGAUUCUCUUGUUUUCAUGAAUGACGUAUUGACCUGGGGUGAUGUUGGUAGAGCAACUGGAGUUUCUGAAUCUCGUUAUGAAUCGAGAACGGCUGCAAGAUCAACACCACCAGUUGAAACUCCAUCAUUUCGAAGGCCUCGUGCAAUAAUAGGUGCAUCCUCUUCGCAAGUUGAUGAUGAUGAAGAGGAGGAAGAAUUUGUGAUGGCCGUUGUUGAAAAUGAAGAUGAUUUUGGAAAUCUUGAUGAUGAGUAGUUUUAGUUAUAAGUUUUUUAUGUACUUAUUGCAUUCUGUUUAUUAUGACUUACAACUUAUUUUUAUGUAUUAAUGUCUGAACUUCUAUAAUUUAUAUUUUCUAUUAUGUGACUUA